GUGGCUGCGACACAAACACUGCGCCAUCACAUACACAUACCAUCUCUCCACCAUCCUCUGUCCAGACGACCAGACCAAAUUAAAAGGAGAAGCAAACAGAGAUCUGGCAAUCUGGGUGGGGGUGGGCGGCGAGAGAGCAGGAGAAGACCAUUGCCCCUUGAAGGCGGGCUCCAGAGCGAGCUUCUCCGCCCUCUCUGUUUGCCUUGCCUGCUUGCCUCUACUCGUCCGGCCCAGCCAUGGCCACCAUCCUGGAGACCAUCCAGAAGGCGAGGCUCCUGCCGCCCAGGCCGCUCAAGGACGAGCUGCCAACCUUCGGCGGCGGCGGCAGAGAGGAGAGCCACCUCACGGGCCUGCGGAAGCGGCUGUCCGCCUUCUCCGGCAAGAUCCAGCCCAUCUCCUCCGCGUCGGCCGAGUGGGCGUUCCGCCGGCGCUCCCGGCCGGCGCCCUCCCUCUCCGCGGGAGGCGGCUCCCUGAGGCAGUGGUGGCGGCGGGGCGUCGUCGGCUGGCUUCUGUCCCGGAAGCCGGGGUUCGCGGGCGACCUCGAGAUGAACGAGGACGAGGGCCGCCACGGCGGCAGGGGCACCUGGGGCUGGGGCCACGUCCUUUACAGGGUGCGCUCCGGCGUCCGCCGCCUCGUCGUGUCCGCGCACUCGCUCCCCACCACGCAGAGUCAGUCCCUGCCGCCGCCGGCGCACUGCAAGCCGGCGGCGCUCGCCCACGCGCAGAGGCUGGGCUUCCACCACGCCGGCCACGCCAUGGCGCACUAAGGAGGGUCGCCGGUCGCGCCGCGCCGCGCUGCGCUUGCCGGUGCUGUUUGCGGCCGAUCUCCCUCCAGAUUCGGAAACGGAGAAGCGGGCGAGAGGCACGAGAAGAGGAGGAUUCAGGUUGCAGGUAGGUGCGUGAGAUCGGUGGCGAAGAAAUCGCUGUACCGUUAUAAGUGAAAACUAGCUCGGUGAAUCGAUGGUGAAUGGAAUGGAAUGGAAGGUUUACCAUCCUGUGCUGUAGAGGUCAACUGGUCAAGUGUUGUAUCAUAUGCUCGUUCUUUAUAUUCUUUUUGGGUUUAUUGGACGAUGAAAAC